GACAGGAGAUUUGUUUAUGUACAAGGCGACCCUAUCCCCACUUUGAGUCCUUUGCAUAUAAAGAUAUCGAGCUACGUGUUCUGCUUUCCUGAGCAAGUCUUGGAAUGGAUCUUAAUGGAGAAGAUUGACGGUCAUACGCUUGAUUCGGUUAUUGAAGCUGGACUUAGCAUGGGGCAGAAACAACGGGUCUAUCGCAAUGUUGCUCGCUGGGUCCAUCAACUUUCAACCCUCCGAUUUGACAAGAUUGGAAGUCUGUAUUGCCGCUGGAACCCACUACGAAAUCCUAUUCUGAGCGAUUUUUACCUCGGACCAUCCUCAGAUUUUCAGUUCGCGUACGACUAUCGACAGGAAUAUAACAUUCCACGCGGGCCAUACGAUAGUGUUCGAGACUACUUGCGAGGAUUUGUCGAAAUAUAUCAGGCGGAGACACUGGAUCCCCGUCAACAUAAGCGGAGCCAAUUUUGGGAUCUGUUUAACGACUUCGAAUCCCAGGGAACAAUGCACUCUAAGCGACAAGAUUUGCAGCUCUGGCCUUCAUUGUACUCAAAGUCUGAUCUGGAACGAAUUCCUCAAUAUUGUCAAUCGCUUCGCUACGUCAUCCCUCUCAUCGUCAAAGAAACAACUCUUCCUCCGCGAUCAACUUUCUUGCACCAUUUUGAUAUGUCAUACAAAAAUAUAAUCGUCGACAGAGAGGGGGUUCCUAUCGCACUGCUUGACUGGGAGCAGAUUACCACAAGGCCAUUCUCUUUCGGUUUUCCUCUUCCGAGAUUUUUUAUCGAUCAAGAUUACAUCACAACGACUCGGAGCCUUGAAACUUCUACUACUAUCGAGAAUCUUCGUCUAAAACAAGACUACCUAGAGUAUUUACAGGAAUUUCUCUCUCCGAAUAUACAUUUUGUCGAUAAGUCCAAUAUUCUGGAUGAGGAAUUCGAGAAGCUGUGUGAAAUUACGUACACGAUUCCUGAAUCGGUGCAGGCCGAGGGGUAUCAAUUCGUCUCUGACGUGAUUGCAAAAAGAGGGAUGGCUUGGCUUGACGCUCCAGGCCUUGAAGAUUGGAAGAAACAGAGUAGCGUGGAUACAAAUUCACCUGAAUUUAAGCAACUCCCACUUGAUCAGCAAGAUAUGCGAACCAGCAGGGUUACCAUAGUACAAAUUUUCUGGGCAUGGCUCUGUGUUCUGCGGGCCCAGAAGCGUUUCAGAGCAAUACGGCUACAGCGCCUAGUCCAGUCUGAAAGAGAUUCAGAUCAGGCGCAAAACUCGAUUUCAAGGUCUAGUUCUCUCGAAUCAUUGGCAACCAGUCUGAUAACCCUAGAUUCUCGAGAUUCAGUACUCUCUAAGAGCCCCCAGGAAUGA